AUCCAGGUAAUUUUCUGAUGUGACGGCUGAGACAUGAGAUCUUCAGCCUCCAGGCUCUCCAGUUUUUCGUCGAGAGAUUCACUAUGGAAUCGGCUCUAGACCAAGAUAGAACAGCCUUACAGAAAGUAAAGAAGUCUGUGAAAGCAAUAUAUAAUUCCGGUCAAGAUCACGUACAAAAUGAAGAAAACUAUGCACAAGUUCUUGAUAAGUUUGGGAGUAAUUUUUUAAGUCGAGACAACCCAGAUCUUGGCACUGCUUUUGUCAAGUUUUCAACUCUUACAAAGGAGCUGUCCACACUGCUGAAAAAUCUGCUCCAGGGUCUGAGCCACAACGUGAUCUUCACCUUGGACUCGCUGCUCAAAGGGGACCUGAAAGGAGUCAAAGGCGAUCUCAAGAAGCCGUUCGACAAAGCUUGGAAAGAUUAUGAGACGAAGUUUACAAAAAUUGAAAAGGAGAAGAGAGAGCAUGCAAAGCAGCACGGGAUGAUCCGCACGGAGAUCACCGGGGCCGAGAUUGCCGAAGAAAUGGAGAAGGAGCGACGCCUCUUUCAGCUCCAGAUGUGCGAAUAUCUCAUUAAAGUGAACGAAAUCAAGACCAAGAAGGGAGUGGACCUGCUGCAGAACCUUAUAAAGUACUACCACGCACAGUGCAAUUUCUUUCAAGAUGGCUUGAAAACAGCGGAUAAAUUGAAACAGUACAUUGAAAAACUGGCUGCUGAUUUAUAUAAUAUAAAACAGACCCAGGACGAGGAAAAGAAACAGCUAACCGCACUCCGAGACUUAAUAAAAUCCUCUCUUCAGCUGGAUCAGAAAGAAGAUUCCCAGAGCCGGCAAGGGGGGUACAGCAUGCACCAGCUCCAGGGCAACAAGGAGUAUGGCAGCGAGAAGAAGGGGUACCUGCUGAAGAAAAGCGAUGGGAUCCGAAAAGUGUGGCAGAGAAGGAAGUGUGCUGUCAAGAAUGGGAUUCUGACCAUCUCACACGCCACAUCCAACAGGCAGCCAGCUAAGUUGAACCUUCUCACCUGUCAGGUGAAACCUAAUGCCGAGGACAAGAAGUCUUUCGACCUGAUCUCACAUAAUAGGACGUAUCACUUUCAGGCAGAAGAUGAGCAGGAUUAUGUAGCGUGGAUAUCAGUGUUGACAAAUAGCAAAGAAGAGGCCUUGACCAUGGCCUUCCGUGGAGAGCAGAGUGCGGGGGAGAACAGCUUGGAAGAUCUGACAAAAGCCAUCAUCGAGGACGUCCAGCGGCUCCCUGGGAAUGACGUCUGCUGUGACUGUGGCUCGUCAGAACCUACCUGGCUUUCAACCAACUUGGGUAUUUUGACCUGUAUAGAAUGUUCCGGCAUCCACAGGGAAAUGGGGGUUCACAUUUCCCGCAUUCAGUCUUUGGAACUAGACAAAUUAGGAACUUCUGAGCUCUUGCUGGCCAAGAAUGUAGGAAACAAUAGUUUUAACGAUAUUAUGGAAGCAAAUUUACCCAGCCCCUCACCAAAACCCACCCCUUCAAGCGAUAUGGCUGUACGGAAAGAAUAUAUCACGGCGAAGUACGUAGAUCACAGGUUUUCAAGGAAGACCUGUCCAUCUUCCUCAGCCAAACUGAGUGCGUUGCUCGAGGCCAUCAGGUCCAGGGACUUACUUGCACUGGUUCAAGUCUACACAGAGGGGGUGGAGCUCAUGGAACCACUUCUGGAGCCUGGACAGGAGCUCGGGGAGACAGCCCUUCAUCUUGCGGUUCGAACUGCAGACCAGACAUCGCUCCAUUUGGUUGACUUUCUUGUACAAAACUGUGGGAACCUGGAUAAGCAGACAGCCCUGGGAAAUACAGCCCUCCACUACUGUAGUAUGUACGGGAAACCUGAGUGUCUGAAGCUGCUUCUCAGGAGUAAACCCACUGUGGACGUCGUUAACCAGGCUGGAGAGACUGCCCUCGACAUAGCGAAGAGACUAAAAGCCACCCAGUGUGAAGAUUUGCUUUCUCAGGCCAAGUCUGGAAAGUUCAACCCUCACGUGCACGUAGAAUAUGAGUGGAACCUCCGGCAGGAGGAGAUGGAUGAGAGCGACGACGAUCUUGAUGACAAACCGAGCCCGAUCAAGAAAGAGCGCUCGCCAAGACCUCAGAGCUUCUGCCACUCCUCCAGCAUCUCCCCCCAGGACAAGCUGUCACUGCCGGGAUUCGGCACUCCAAGGGACAAGCAGCGGCUCUCCUACGGCGCAUUCACCAACCAGAUCUUCGUCUCCACAAGCACAGACUCGCCCACGUCACCAACCUCGGACGCGCCGCCUCUGCCUCCUAGAAACGCCGGGAAAGGUCCAACUGGCCCACCUUCAACACUCCCUCUAAGCACCCAGACCUCUAGUGGCAGCUCCACCCUGUCCAAGAAGAGGCCACCUCCCCCACCACCCGGACACAAGAGAGCCCUGUCUGACCCUCCCAGCCCACUACCUCACGGGCCCCCAAACAAAGGCGCAGUUCCUUGGGGUAACGAUGUGGGUCCAUCGUCAUCAAGUAAGACCGCCAACAAGUUCGAGGGACUGUCUCAGCAGUCAAGCACCGGCUCUGCGAAGACUGCCCUUGGCCCACGAGUCCUCCCUAAACUACCUCAGAAAGUGGCACUAAGGAAAACAGAAACCAGCCAUCAUCUCUCCCUGGACAAAGCCAGCGCCCCACCCGAAAUCUUCCAGAAAUCGUCACAGUUGGCAGAGUUACCACUAAAGCCACCACCUGGAGACCUGCCCCCGAAACCCACCGAACUGGCUCCCAAACCCCAAAUUGGAGAUUUGCCACCUAAGCCAGGAGAACUGCCCCCUAAGCCCCAGCUGGGCGACCUGCCCCCCAAACCCCAGCUCUCAGACCUGCCCCCCAAGCCCCAGAUGAAGGAUCUGCCUCCCAAACCGCACCUGGGAGAGCUGCUGGCAAAGUCUCAGCCGGGAGACCUGUCGCCCAAGGCUCAGCCGCCCUCCGACGUCGCCCCGAGGUCACACCCGGCGGAUCUCUCCCCAAACGUGCCGGCCCGAGACGCUGUGCACAAGCAAGCCUCUGAGGACCCCAACGACCUGACACCCACUCUGCCUGAGACGCCCGUCCCACUGCCCAGGAAGGUCAACACGGGGAAAAAUAAAGUGAGGCGAGUGAAGACCAUUUACGACUGCCAGGCCGACAACGACGACGAGCUGACCUUCUUCGAGGGAGAAGUGAUCAUCGUCACUGGGGAGGAGGACCAGGAGUGGUGGAUUGGGCACAUCGAAGGACAUCCUGAAAGGAAGGGGGUCUUUCCGGUGUCCUUCGUUCACAUCCUGUCUGACUAGCAAAGCCAGAACCUUACGAUCGUCCACAUCCCCCAUGCAGGACUGCCGCCUCCACGUAACCCUGUGCACAGCGUGUAUAUAGCUGCCGUCCCGGACUGGGACACCCGCGACGGGCCACCUCAGGAGGGGAGCGUAGUGUGUGUUGUACUCACCCUGUGGUCUUCUGCCUUCGCCAGUGUUAGGGGGGCCUGGGGCCCGGCGCGCCUUACUGGUUUGCCAGAGCCAUCCUCGGCAUCCAGCACUCAUCUCUCUCUCUCUGCUCUUUGCCAAGCAAGCAGACACGCGAAUAUAGGAACUGCUGGCUUUGCAAGUGGACGUGGUCUCGGCAACCGUCGAAAGGCAUAGAAUUGACUCUGUGUCCCUAACAAAGCAGUAUUCUCAGUUGUGUUGCUGAAAAUGCAGCAUUAGCAAAGAGGUGGCUUCUGCUUUCCAGGUGAAACUCUGGCUCCAUGACGGACCAGCCUGUAGUCAUCUGCGUAUACAGUUGACAGCUGCAAACACCUACUCUGGUAUUUAUUACAGAAAAGUGCUCAGCUAAAUGUAAGUGUUAUCUCCUUCAGCAAAAUAUUCACUGACCCAAAACCGUUGGUGGCAUUUUACUGUGCCCACAGCCUCAUGCAAGUUUAGACCAAGUGGAUUUGUACUGUCUUAUGAGGAGUGCCCACCCCUGAGAUGUUACCUCAUUAUGCAAAAAUAACAUAGCCUUCAUGACUAUUUUGACAGAAGUUUAAAACCCAUCGGAUGGAGUUCAAUUUUCAGGAACCAAGGACUGCCAGAAAAUAUUAGCCUCUACAUUAUGCAUGCAUUUAGAAGCUUACCUGAAAUCUGCCUUUUAUAAAGGAAUAGUAUGGAUCAGUUGAACUGUACAUUUUUUAAACCUGAUUGCCAUUAAAGCAGAAAUUAUAAGGUUGCAACAGUAUUUGUUUCUAGUCAGUCCUUUGGCUUUCUCAAGAGUAUGAAUUUACAUAUCAUUUUAUGCAUUAGCAUUCUUCACAUAUCUUAAAGCAUCUACCGCAUCAACUUAUCUCCAUAGUUCUGUUCUCGAUAAAUUGGAACUUUUAAAAGAUCAUUCAAGAAGAGGACAGAUUUGAAAGUCAGCUUUGCACACGGCCCCCCCAGCGUAGAACCCAGGUGCUGAAACCAGCCUUCUCUCUUUCCAGGCUCUUUAUUAAACCCCAGUCGUAGGCAGGCUUUCCCAUCUUACGUCCUGUCCAGCAGACACGUCACCUGCAAGUCCAUGCACACCCCAGGUUCUAACACCGCUGUGACUUGCACUGUGAAAACUCUCUCUUCCUGCAGCGAGUCUUCCCCUCGGGUUUCUGUUCAUCCAGCCGUGUUUACCACACCAUUAAGAUCAUCGUGCGUGUUUCGGCCUCUUAACCUGAGUCCGAGUUUUGAAAACACAGUCGCUUAGCUGCCCAGUCGGUGGGGCCGCUGUCUGAUUCCAAGGCUCAUGUGUCCCUCUGGCAUCACACUCGCUUCAAAUGCUUCGUUGGCUACCGCACAGAAAACUAACAUUCUUAAACAGAUCAUCUUAGCCGUGAGUGAGAAUUGUUCAUUUCACAGAAGCACAACUCCCAACCAAACCCUUAGGAAGAGCCCUCUUUAACACGGUCACAGUGCUCGGUGAACAUUAAUGUAGUUCGCUUACGUGGUGACUGUGAAAACUCUGAAUGGCCACCCAAUUAAUAAACCUCGCAUGGCAAACCUGCAGCGUAUCGGCUGGCGUUGGAAAGCGAGCCUAAGCCGUUGCUUCCCCAGCAUCUCGGCAGCGAGAACAUCCGGACUGGCCGACGUGCUGGUGGGUGGCCGACAGUGUUCGCAGCUCAGGACUUAAGCCACACUGGUGUCAGGACAGGAGGUCACUGUCCCAAGUUACUUAGUGUCCCAGUUCGUUCAGUUAAACAUUUUAAGUUGCAUUAAAGAACUGUUCAUUUUUGUGGCCUACAGUAUUUUCAACUGAUCUCAAAAUAAACUGGUUUUUAAAAAACAUGAAAACUAGAUGUCUAAAAUUACAUGGAAUCAAUGUCUAUUCUCUUUCCUCUUUAGCAGCAACUUACACAAACGCCUUUUUUUAAUACCUUUUUUUUUUUUCCUGCGUUUUUGUCUUUGUUUUCCACCAGGAAUCUGAGUUCUCGCUAACCCAGCCUCCUGUGGGACAUAGGAAAACUAGGUAUAAAUACCUUUGCUGAUCUCGGUUGAGUUUAAAUCUGAUAUUGUUCUUAAACUCAGUGAGCCACUAUCUGCAAUUUUGUACACGAUAUAGUAUUUUGAAGGUAUGGAACCUUAUGGGAAAAAAAAAUAGCUAGUUUUUUUUUCCCCCCAGAGGGGAAAGUUACGUUCUGCAAAUAGUGUGUGUCUGAUUUUACUGUUGAACAGCAAUUGCUAUUUAUUUUUUUAUCGCCUAGAACUUCAGCACGUUGUAUAGGAAUCCCAUAGUGCCGCCAGUCAAACUCCGAGUUCUCAUCUGGAUGUUACACUCCAACAUCAGUACAUUUGUCAUUUCACAUGUAUUUAAUGUGAGUUUUUCAGUACUGUAUGUGUUAAUUUCUACUUUUUUUUAAUAUUUAAAAUUGCUUUUAAAUAAACAUAUUCUCAGUUGAUCCCACA